CCUCUCUUUCUCUCUCUAAAAAACGCACGCGUUUCAGAGUUGAUUGUACUCUGCGAUCGAUCCCAUCUAUAUCUCCAGAGAUUUCCAGUAUCUGAAACAGCCAGCAAAAGACACUCCUCGCUACUGUUUUUAUUUCUUCUUCCAUUUUUGUCUAUGGCUUUUUGAGCGUACUUCCACUCGUGGCUCUACUCACCUGAUUCGAGUUUCCUGAGUCUACUCGUUGACCUUUUGACUUUGUUUUCCGAGAGAGAAAAAGUAGAAGAGAAUCUGAUAUAGGGUUUUUUGUUGGUGUCAUUUUGCUUUCACCGAUGAAUCGGCGAUUCCUCUUGGCACUAUCCUCGUUUUCCUUCGCCGUGUUAUUCCUCUUCCUCGUCGCGCUUUUCUCAGGUCAGGGUAAAAACAUCAGUUCUUCAUUCGGGUUGAAGCUGUCGAGGCUGAGGAUCAAGCAAUGGGACAACACACUUUCUACGCCACAUCGCAAGCUUCUUCGUGGAAUAGCAGUGGAGGAACCCAACCGAAUUUGGGGAGAGAAGUGUACCAAGGCUGAUAUUGUGAUCAAUCAGGGACCCACAGCCCCACUCCCAAGUGGCAUACCGACCUACACUGUUGAGAUCGUGAACGUGUGCGUCACUGGCUGUGACAUCUCUGGAAUUCACCUAAACUGUGGCUGGUUUAGUUCGGCUCGCCUCAUCAACCCUAAAAUAUUCAAGCGCAUUCGCUAUAAUGACUGCCUUGUUAACGAUGGCAAGCCUUUAGUUAACGGUGGGACACUCUCAUUUCAAUAUGCUAAUACCUUCCUUUACCCUCUUUCAGUCUCCCGCGUGGUCUGUUCUUAGUAAUCAUAAUAAAGAUAAAGGCCAAUCUAUGAAGAUUGAACAGCUAGCAGUGUUGAUAUAAAGGCCACUUAAAGCGGGACUGGUUAUAUCUUAAGACACUUGAUACCUAGAUACCCCUUAUGAUCCUUUUGGUUUUAGGGGUUUCUGCUUUAGCUUUUAUGUCAUUACUGGUUUGAGUCCUUUUGGGAGAUUGAUUGAUUAGAGGUUUGAUAUAUACUGUAAAGUGUUUGUCUUGUGAAAUUUGGUCGAUGGCUUUGCGGAGAUAGGGAAGAAACUCAAAUGAUAUUCGGUGAGCUGAAGGGGUUUUGUUGGAUGGGGAGCGGCCAUGCAUUUUGGUUGUGGCUUUUGUAAAUAGUUAUGUGGUAUAUGGAUUGUAGGUACGAGUAACACUACUAUAUUUGAGGCAAUAUGCGAGAAAUGAAACUGUGAUUAGAGAAUGUUUUUGUAUCAAAGUCUGUUGUUUGAUCACGACACUGAAAAACGAAUGAAUGAAUGAAUGAAUGAUGCUUCUUCUGAUGCUCCUUGCUCUGUGAGUCUUUGAUUGUUUUGGAUUAUGUGAGAAUUGAGAAAAGGCCAUCGCAUCCUUUGCUAGCUGGUGGUGCCAUCUGUUUCCUUAUUCCUUCUCUCUCUUCGUGAUGCGCAGAUACUCUUGUCUUUUUUUAUCAACCGAUAGUCAUUUAAGCCCCUUCAAUCUACAUGGGGACUUUCUACGUACUGGGUCUUUAGCCAUUCAUGCUAUGGUUUGUCCUUUUAUGUGCAAACAAAAAUACCAAGUCAA